GCCCAAACUCUAAAAGUCCAAAGCACAACCCUUGCCCGCACUCAGCAGCUGGUCCGCCGCCGCACCUCUGCAAGUUCUUUUCGUCCUGUCUGGGCGCUGUGCAGGCACAGGGAUCAGAUCUGGCAACCCUGCCCUCUCGCGAAGAAGACAUUCACUUCGCCGAUAUCCGGUUGCCGCAGGAGUCACGAGUGGGCUUUUCAGCGCGGAUUCGACUACAGGAGGGUUCACGUGGGGAGUCCAAAACGACGACGACUGCUGGGAUCGCUGAUCAUGGGCUCGAUUGACCCAACACCUGAGGAGGUCACCAUCCUUGUGACCGGCUUCGCGCCCUUCAAGGAGCAGUACCCCAAGAACCCGUCUUGGGAGAUCGCAUCGUCUCUGCCAGACUACCUCCCCGCCGAGCGUGUCAAGGACCCAAAUGCCUCAGGGAGGGGGGUUGGCGGCCAUUCAGCCGUGCCGCUGCCGCGGGUGCGCAUCGUGACGCCCAACGAGGCGAUCCGUGUCAACUACGAAGUGGUGCGGGACAUGGUACCCUCGUUCUGGGACGAUGUGAGAGACACCAAGACGGGAAACCCUCAAGAUACCACUGAAGGGCAGAUCUUCGAGGACGGACCGGUCGAUCCCGCGAGCAGCAGCGGCAGCGGCAGCGGCAACGGCCCAGCUGGUGAUGGACGACCAAAGACAAAGAACAAGUACGACUUUGUCCUGCACAUUGGCAUGGCCGGCCCGCAGCCCAUGUAUCAGCUCGAGCGGCGGGCACACCGGGACGGGUACCGGCUGCGAGACGUCGAUGGCAACCUGCUCGGCGACGACGAGCGGCAUAGUGCCGAGGGCGAGCGAUGGAUCUGGCACGGCCUGCCGCAUGAGAUAUUGACGGAUCUCGAUAUCGAGCGCGUGUAUAAGCGAUGGGUGGAGAGGAGCCCGAAGCGCGAAAGCACGAUCCUGCGCAUCUCCGACGACCCGGGCCGCUACCUGUGCGACUUUAUCUACUUCUCGAGCCUGGCACACCUGUGGAAGCAAGGAAAGCCCCGGGAGGUGCUGUUCCUGCACGUGCCCGCCGUUGCGGACGAGGACGUGCUCGAAUACGGCCGGGAGCUCGUGCUGCAACUUCUGCGGUCGAUUGUCGAGGUUCACUUUGCCGAGUAUCGCGCGUAGUCAGCCGGUGACCUGGCGCUCGGGUUUCCGGUGAAGGAAAUUCCCUGUCAAUAUUCUUUUCGUUCUUCUACGACGACAUAACUUUUUAUUGAUAACUUUUUAUUGAUUUGCCGUGUGAGAAGGGCCUAUCAUUUCCGCACGACUUCCGAGCACCAGUUUGGGGUUACGUGUUCCUCGGGGUUUCUUGCCUGUCUCGAUGUG